AUGACUUUAACCUUGCCUUCGGUACCGGUCAAGCACCAGGAUUUCCUGGGUUAUGUGGACUCACUCCCAGAUACUCCCAUUGGAGACUUGAUCCGGCCUUACAACGACUAUGAUGCUGUUGCGCGGAAGAUCUUUGCUCAAGAUUCUUCUCAUGUCUUGUUGAAGGACAAAUGUGCUAACAUUGUGCCGCUGUACAAUGCCACUGGAUCCGCCGAUGUUCGAAUUCGUGCGAGGGAUCUGACCUCGGAGACACCUGAACAGAAGGAGAAAUACAUUCUACCUCUAAAGGACUCACAGCGCAGAAGCAGCGGCACGCCCGCUGUGGUGCCAAGCUUUACCGAGUUUCAGGAAAACUUCACCCUCUUCACUGAAGGCUCUUUGAGUGGCAUCGACUGGAGCAACAUCGUCGCUGCUGGCAGCGCUGUGGUCACAUCGCUUCUUCCGGUACCAGAAACAUACCGAGGUUCCAAAAGAGGUCUUCGUCGGUACUACCACGAUGAGUUUGCCCCCGCGUCUGACGUGGAUCUUUUCAUCUACGGCCUGACCGAGGAGCAAGCUAUUGAGAAGAUUAUGCACAUCGAGGACGCGAUCCGGAACUCAAUUUUGUAUGAGACCACCACCAUUCGGACCAAGAAUACCGUCACUAUUGCCUCGCAGUACCCCACACGGCAUGUGCAGAUUGUGCUUCGGAUUUACCGCUCGAUAGCGGAGAUCCUCACCGGUUUUGAUGUGGACUGUUCUUGUGCUGCCUAUGAUGGCCAGCAAGUCUAUGCCUCUCCUCGCGCAAUUGCGGCGUAUAUGACCCAGACCAAUCAAAUUGAUUUGACUCGACGAUCACCUUCCUACGAGAACCGACUUUCAAAAUAUUCUCACCGCGGCUUCGAAUCCAUCUUCGAAAGAAGCUUUGCUAGAACGGAAGGUCUAGCAAGACUUCUAGUUCUCGAGAAGCUUCCAAAGUGCAUAGACCGAGAUGCCUAUCAACAAAAAAGACGGGAAGAGCGUGGCCGGCCCCAAAUCAGUAUCUAUAUGCGACGCCGCCAAGGCAGAGAGCUCAAGGGAAAUCUCAAGGAUGACUGGGAAGACGAGGUACCCGAGUGGCAGGAGGAGGACCAAGUCUCCAAUUACCACACCUUCACUAUUCCUUAUGGUCGCAGAUACAACGCACGAAAUAUUGAAAGGUUGCUCUACUCGAAAGAUUUGCUACUGAACGCCGAAUUCAAUCAACCCAAGGACCGUCAAGUCUAUCUUCAUCGCCAUCCAGCAUUCUUUGGUGAAGCCCAACACGUCAUUGGGGACUGCUGUGGCUCCUGCCCAAAGCCAGUCACCAAAGAAGAGUACACAAUCGCCGAAGAGGAAAGCAAGAUUUAUAUUUCUGGCAAAAUUUCAUUCAUAAAGGAUGAUCCGGGUCGCCAAGAAAUUGGAAGCUUCAAUCCAAUCACUGAGACUGAUUGGACAGAAAUGGCGUAUAUCGCCGAUACUGAAAGAUUGUGCCAAGCCAUCGUUUCGCAUGAUUUCAAAGCUGUCGAAGAUUUCCUCAAGCAGGAAGGCUCAAAUUGCAACUACCGUGAUAUCACUGGGCGGACACCCCUCCAGCUAGCGUGCAUGUCAUCAACACCUGACAUCGUUCAAUGCCUUGUGAAUCAUGGGGCCCGCUUGGUUGCACGAAUGGCUGAUGGAAAGACGGCACUGCAUCUCGCCGCUGCACGGGGCAAUGUGGAAAUUCUUCGAAUUCUGCUUCUUAAAAGUAGUGAGAAUGAAGAAGCCGAAGUCCAGGACAAGAAGCGAGAAAAUGGGUUCGAUGAAAUUCCCGAAGACGAAAUCGAAGGCAGCAGUCAAUUGGAUAGUGUCACUCGCACAUCCGGCUCGUACGUCAAAAUUGAAGUCGCCGAUGAUGACAAUGACGAAAGUGAUGCAGCCGACGGUAGCAGCAUCGAGGGUAAUGAUGAUACGCCGGACAUUUACGACAUCAAUGCGGUUGCAUGGGAUAGCCUCACUACACCUUUACACCUUGCGAUUCUCCACGGCCAUGUUAUGGCUGUCAAAGAACUUGUUUCCUCAUUUGGAGCUGAUGUUUUGAUGCCAAUCAAGAUCAUUGAUGAGCGGACCAAAAAACCUCAUGCAGCUAUACUUACCUUGUUCCUCGUCCUUGGACUUCCCUUAGAAAAGGCCAGAGAGAUGUCACAAACGCUGCUGGAGCUCGGUUGUUCUCCUGCUCAGGCGGAUCUGGCUCAGUGGACCCCACUUCAUUACAUCGCCCAGUCUGACUACAACGAGCUCCUCGAUCUCUAUGUGGAGCACGAUGGACCAGCAGUGCAGCGCGCUAUCAAUCACCUAGCAACUGUCGAUACGACCUGGUACAGGACGAGCUUCACGUUUUGUUCCGCCUUGGUCAGCGCCAUACAGGCCAGGAAGCAUAAAUCGGCAAAGAAGCUGCUAGAGAUUGGCGCAAAGCCUAAGUUUGAGUUCGCGGAUAUUCUUCAAGCCACUAAAGAUCAGGUUUUUCUCUAUAACAAUGAUCAUAAGGCUUCAUUCUCGAAAACAAAGCAGCCAAUUCUCUGUGCCAUAGAAUGCGAUAUGCCCUUGAUUGCACUCGAUUUGCUCAACCAUGGGGCUGACCCGAAUUCAAAAAUCCUGGCCACAAACCAACGUGGAUUCACAGCCUUAGACAGUGUGCGAGCUCAGCUCACAAAAUUGCGAAGCUUCUUGAACGGAGAGCCUUCCAGCAAGCCGCGCAAGUUCGGACGAAGUGGGCCUACAUCCAUCAAGUUUGAACUUGAUGACGAAUCAUAUCUGAAGGUGUUUCAAGAGGGGACUUACAAGAUGUUCUUUGCUGAAAAUCAGCUGAAGAAUGCACGGGAGACUAAUAGGAAAUCAAACGGACAGGACAAGUCCGCGAACCCCUAUCAAAAGCCUCUCGGAAUGAGUGAGAAGAAUGAGGCUAUCUCUGCACUAGUCCACGACUAUGAACUACUUGAGAAUGCAUUACUGGCGAAGGGAGCGAAAACGAUCGAUGAACUCGAUGCAAAAAGUGCCAAUUCAACUCAGCUAUCUCUACCUCUAAACCGACAAAACCAGAUUAAACAACAGUUGGAGACAGAAGAGCCUUCCGUGUUCAAGUUCGAGUUCAAACUCAACAGGACGGAUGUCACCGAUGUCACUCGCGAGGGGUAUUUGCAAUUAUUUGAGGCGGCGUGGAACGGCGACAUCACAUCGAUCAAAGCGUUCACUCUCGGCCUGUGGGGUCCUGCUGAAGACCAGCCGCCGUUGGAGAUUGCAGUUUGCGAUGAGCUGGGAUUCUCAUGCCUCUCGCUCGCGGUUCUGCGCGGACAUCUCUCGGUCGCAAAGACAAUCAUGCAAAUUCUCCGAGCCCAAUACAAGGGGAAGAAGCCCGAGACACCAAUACGCCUUGAGAUAGACAACGAAGCAGAGUCUUCGGACGACGAAGAACUCAACCUUGUGAGCCGUGAAGUGGACGAGCAAUUCACCUUCGAAAACAUCGGUGAAGUGACCACUCAAGUGAAAAGCAACGUUUCUCCAAUCGGAGCAUUGCAGAGAACCUGCAAUGCUUUCCUUUUCUUGGGAAACUACAACUCGACCACACACGAAUGGAAGUUCUUUUCAUCUAAUCCAUCACACAGGCACUGGUAUGCCUCGAUCAAGGUCAAUACUCUCAUGAAAUUUGCAAUUCUCAACAACGAUCUGGCUUUGAUGGAUUUCCUUCUCUUGGCUUCUCGGGAAUGUCGCAAUAUGUUCCCAGAAGAAGAAGAAUUUCAAUAUUCUCUGGAGGCAUCAUGCGAAGAGUUCCAGUUGGCGAUGGCCUUGGGCCACACUGAUUGUCUCGUGAAACUCAUUCAGUCCAAAGCUGUUGGUCUCCCGCUCGCGAAGUUAAGUGAGAGCUCUGGUGUGCGGGUACAUAAAAAGCCUGCAUACUAUCAAGGCUUAUCAAUCCGCGGCAAAAAGCGCACCGACUGGGCCAGCGCUGGGCGUCCUAAGCCGAAAGGGUCUCCUGAAGGACGACCACCCCUUUUGAUCUCUGCUUUGCACGGGAAUCUGACUACCACUGAGUGGUUCCUUGGAACAGCACCGGGUCGUCACUACUUGGAGUAUUGCAACUCCCAUCCAGAUGAUGAGAAUGUCCAAUUACUCGCACAAUCCAAGCUUGGACUUGAAGGGUCCCUUCUGAAUUGGCUACAAACAAGAAACAACCUCGUUCUUCAUUGUGCAGUGAUGUCUAAGCCAUGUGCGAGAUCUGAACAAUUGGUACAAUAUUUGGUGGAUCACCAUCCAGAAUGCUUGGAGGCCCGCUCCGAACGUGGACACACGCCUCUCGCCAUUGCUUUCUCUCUCCGUCGAACAAGCUUUGCCCGGAUCUUGAUUGCUGCCGGAGCCAACCAGGCAACUCGUGAUCCUGAAGGAAACAAUUUGCUCCACAUCAUACUCCAACCAGUCGAAAAUCAGGUUGUGAAUAAUGAACAAGACCCUUCUCCUCUGAUCAGCCUUCUGGAUCAAGAGCUCGUCUCCUCAAUGUUGACUCAACGUGCCGGUACAGGAUCAUGGACACCUCUUGCGCGCCAGCUUGAGUCAUUUAAUCCAUUCCAUGAUCGCAACCAUGAGCUAGAAUCGAUAAAAGUUACAAUGGCUUCCACUGUGACCCUUCUGUUGGACCUGGCCGAGCCUAUCAAUCAAAAACAUCUUGAGCUUCUGGACGGGUCCGGAAAUACCCCGGUGCACGUAGCUGUCAAGAAGGGCUUUUCGCAAAUUGUCCAGCUCAUGCUUGAUCGUCGGCCAGAUCUUCUCUAUCGUGAGAAUGCUACAGGCAGCACCCCGCUUGAGAUGGCCACAGACGCAUGGGUCAAUGACACGACUCGCCACCCUCCCCGGCGCGUCUCUCCAGACAACCCCAAUCGGAGCGUCAGUUGGGACCCCAUGACCACGCCUCUCGUGGAUCGUGACCCCAAGUACUUCCUAAAAGGUCAGGAUUUCAAGAAGACCCAGGACAGGAUGUACCAGGUCUGCCAGGAUCAUGCCCGAAAUCACCCAGGGAAAAGAACCUUGGUCAGCCUGAAUGAAGCGAAUGCGCUGGUCAAAAGAUUGGCCACGCAAAAGGUGACUACAGAGAGGAGUCAUGUGCGCUGUCGCUACCGGAGAAGCCACCGCUUCGCAGAGGAGGAGGAAGAGGUGGAGAUUGACGAGGUUGCUUUGUGGGGACAGCAGGCCUCACGCUCAACACCUGUUACACAUUUGUCAGUCUUUGGUUGA